GCAAUAGAGGCUGCUGAGCUCUAUGGGCCAAGCUCAUUGAGCGAAGCUGAAAUGGAGGAGUUUACCACUGCUGCUGGAGGCUUGCGCAUCCCUAAAAAGCCAAGGAAGAAGUCAAAGACUUCAACUGCGGCGGAGAAGGAGGUGACAUGGGGGGGGCGACUGUCCAGCGUCUCUGCCCCGGCUGUGGAGGUGCAGCUAAGGCUUGAGCCUGCAGUGGGGGGUAGUGAAGAGGUGAGUGAGGAGAUGGCACCUCUCCAGAGGAAGAAGAGGAGGGUGGCAGAGCUGGGAACCGAGGUGGUGGAGUUCGUGUCCCAGCCUUCUCCUCCAGAAAUUAAUCCUGAAGACAGGGGGAGAGGAGAGGUCGAAGUGCAAGGCGUUGAUGGGGGCAGGGAGCGCACCCCUCCACACAUAUACCAGAGAAGUUUGUUUGAGGCGGCAAACAAGACUAGGGCGAAGCACUUCCUCAACGCUACCCUUCCUGAGGUGGAUAGGAUGCGGGCGAAGGACGAAGUGGUUAGCCAUGCAGGGUAUACCAUUGUGAGGCAUGCCUUGGAGAGUGCGAGCUGGACAAACGCUCUAGCGCAAGAGUAUGCAGAGAGCGUUAGAGAUCGUGCCAGCUUGCAAAGGCAGUGCGACCAGCUUCAGAGGGAGAAAGAUGAGCUUCAGAAGAAGAAGGUGGAGUGGGAGAAGCAGAAGAGGGAGAUGCAGAGGAGGCUGGAUGAAGUUCUCCCUUCAGUGACCGAGCUGCAGAACGAGAAUGAUGUCCUGAGCACGAAGCUCGGCCUUGAAGAGCGUAAAAGGAAGAUAUGCGAGGAGAAGCUCGAGGCGCAGGACAAAUAUAUGGAUAAAAUGAGGAAAGCAGCUGCGGAACUGAAGAAGAACGUGGACAUGCUGGUUCACAAUGGGAUGGAGGAGCAUAUUGGCAACUUCCUCAACUCCAGCAUCUUCGAGGACAUCCUCAAGCUCUAUCGGCUGCCAACUGCAAUUGUGGCCUUCACCGACUGUAGAAAGAAAGUGAAGGCCCAGUACCCAGAGGUGGACGUGACAACAGUCACCUUUGGGGAACAAGAAGAAGGGGUGGAGGAAGAUGGGGAGAGCCUCUGUGCUGACUUCCUACCUCAGAUCACUCUGAAGUGGGAGCGUGAUGCAGAGGGGCGCUCUAUUUUUCCUCCAACCUUUGAGGCUGAGUUGGUGGCAGUGGGGGGAGAAGAGGAAGAUGCAAAAGAAGAAGAAGAAGAACAAGGCACUGGAGUUGGGGAACAGGCAGCCUUGGCCGAAGUGCGAAGUGCCACCCCUCCCUGCUGGAGAUGAGCCUAUAUCACCACCUCUUC